AUGGCAAAAUUAAAGCAUCCCAUCAGUUGUAAAACUCUUACAAAGCCUCCAAGAGAUCAGAAGCCGCCACCAUUCACAGGAGGGUUUGUUCCAAACAAACCAACGCAGAACAAGAAAGCAAUAGAGACACCCCACAGAAUGCCCAAACCAGAAGAACUCAAGGGCAGACAGUAUUGCAGAUGGCACAAUUCUGGGAAUCAUUGUACCAAUAGUUGUGUUGUUUUCAGAGAUGUCAUACAGGAAGGGAUAAUAGCAGGAAGGCUAAAGCUGGCAGAAAAACCUCCAUCUGUCACCACAGACCCUUUUCCCCCGCCACAAGUUAACAUGGUCAACCUAAAUUGGCCAGAACAGAAGAGGGGCAGACCAGCUAUAGAGGCUAGCUCCAGUAGAAGCAGAAUAGUUUCAAAAGAGACUAUAGAGAGACCAAAAGCAACCAUUUCAGCUGGGGUAGUGCUCUGCAGCAGGUGCAAGUGUAAGGCUGAGCUGGAAGUGGUCCUGGACAAACAGGAACUGCCCACUCCAAGUGUUUUUGACCGGAUUGGGACCACGUCCCAUGAUAGAGCCAAACAGAGAAACUACCCCAGGCCUGUCCAACCCAGCAAAAGAAUGACUAAGCAGCCCAAGGAGGAAAUAUCAAUAAAAAUGCCCGGAAGUGAAAAACCACUAGCAGCCAUCAUUGAAGGCAGGUGGUGUUCUGUCGAGAAGAAUGGCAAACCAACAAUGGAGUUAACAAGAACUCAACGGAGGAGGGUACUUCCAGAGACCAAUUCUGCCAAGAAAGGGAAAGAGCCAGAAAAUCUUCAAGGAAACCUUCUAUCCAUCCUACCUCCACCUCAGGAAAUCUACUUAAAACUCCACAACCAGAGGAAAAAAACCGAUCCUAUUCCAGAAGAAGGGCAAGAGGACUGGACUGAGGAGUAUGAAGAGGAGCAGCUGGAUUAUGAGCCAUCUGCAGAUGACCAGAAUGUGCUCCUCGGAAUGGAAGAACAGGGAGAAUGGACAGAGGAAUACGGUGGAGAACAGAUGGAUUAUGACGAAGGAUUGGAUGCAGAAACUGAGGCAUUUGGUGCAGAAUUGGAGGACUUGUUACGAGGUGACCUAGGCAUCAAUAUGGUGUUCAUUCUGCUAGAAAAGUUCUGGGCCGCAGAGGGACAGGAAAGCACUCUGGACGGAGAUGUAUUUUCCCAUGAGAGUUUUGAAUGCAGGUUGGCAGAAGCAGAAGAGAUGCCAGAGCAGCAAGCAGGCAAUCCCAGGACAGAAGGAACUGCCAACAAACUAGCUGCAGACCAGCUUUGCUUCUCCAAACCAACCAAAGAAAUGGCAAACCACCUCAGACCCUUGUUUAUAACAGCAAACUUCGGGGGUGUUCCUAUCCCCAAAAUUAUGGUAGAUGGAGGUGCAGCCAUCAACCUUCUGCCUCACAGAAUGCUGAGCAAAAUGGGCAGAAUAGAAGCGGAUUUAAUUCCAACCCGCUUGACCGUCACCAAUUUCGCAGGGGACAUCAUCAAAACCCUUGGGAUCCUGGAUGUGGAUGUUAUAGUAGGAAGCAAGAAGCUGAAGAUUGCAUUCUUUGUGGUAGAUACUACUUCUACCACUUACAAUGCACUGCUUGGGAGAGACUGGAUUCAUCAGAGUCUAUGUGUUCCUUCCACUCUUCAUCAACAGUUAGCUUUAUGGAAUGAAGAAGGCUACAUGGAGAUAGUAAAGGCCGAUCCACGGCUAUUUCUACCUUCUGCCAUGUGUUGUGAGGCAAGGUACUAUCAUGAUGACCUUGGUCCUUUCACCUUCUUUGGAGUCAACCAGAACGGUCGCCCCCAUGGUGUCACGGCCCAGAGGCUCAUUGAAGAAGGUCUAACCAACUCUUUGGAGGACUGUAACAGACCUUUUGUUCUAAACUUCCGGAACUCUGAUGUUUAG